AUGAUUGUUCCGAACGAGUCUCAAGGAACCACUGGUGAAAUCUGUUUCCCCCUAGCAUCUAUUACCGAAACGAAUUUCAGAUGCUUCUAUCUACGUCUUCCAUUCAAUAUUUCUCUUAUAAUUUCAAACUGCACGGCAAUCUUUGUGUCUAUUGAGCGUCUUGUAGCUACACUGAAGACGAAAACCUACGAGUUUGGCUACGAGAAUGUGGGAUAUAGCUUGGUGCUUCUGCAGGUGACUCUGGGUAGCUGUCUUCUUGGUAUUAUAUACUCUCAGACAAAGCUGAACUUAACUCCUCUCUACUACUGCCAAACGACGUCAAGAUCGAAUUUCAUGUGGACGAUCUACCCGUUUUGUGCUAUGCUUGCCAUGCAGCUUCUGGCUGUAUUCAUUUUCGAGUUUGCCAAUAGGAAGAAUAAGUGCCACCUGAUGAUGGGCGCUGAUCUCGCUGAUCUCUCCAGCCGUUACCAAAUUGAAGAAAAUUCGUGGACGAUCAAAUUGUUGAAAGUGUAUGUUUAUACAAAUGUCACGUUCACCGCUGCCUACCUGUUGGCUAAUGGUCUUGUAAUCUUCAACAAUCACCUUUUCUCGAUCCCUAUUUAUUAUGCUGUAGUGGAUGGUGAGUAA